UGUUCAUUUUCACUCGAGAGAAAGGCAUUGCUGCGGAGGGGAAUUGACGACGGCUUGUUGCGUUUGGAUUAGAAAGCACAGCACAUUUUGUUUGUAUCACUGUUAGGCGAAGAAAAGUACAGCCAUGUUUUCGGUGAAAUUUAAAGUAAUAUUUUUGCUAAGUUCCUUUAUAUCCAGCUAUGAAGCAGGUAGCUCACGUGGGUUCAUUGGCACAAGUAUUGACGAAAAGGAAAACGUCUUUAAGGUGAACAAAAUUGCCGAAGAAACACUUCAGAGCGGCCUGACCACGGUCUUCCUGCCCAUCGUCUACAUCAUCGUGUUUGUUGUCAGCUUGCCCACCAACGCCAUGGCCAUUUGGGUUUUCCUCUUCCGAACGAAGAAGAAGCAUCCGGCCGCCAUCUACAUGGCCAACCUGGCUCUGUCAGACCUCCUGUUUGUCAUCUGGCUUCCUCUUAAGAUUGCCUACCACAUCAACGGCAAUAACUGGAUCUACGGUGAGGGCCUCUGUAAGGUGCUGGUGGGCUUCUUCUAUGCCAACAUGUACUGUUCCAUUCUUUUCAUUACCUGCUUGAGUGUGCAGAGAUACUGGGUCAUCGCCCAUCCCCUGUCUACCCAGAGGAAAAACAAUCGGUUUGCCGUCUGCCUUUCAAUUGCCAUAUGGAUUUUAAUCUGGUUGAGUACAACGCCACUGUAUCUUUAUGACCAAACUGUCAAGAUUGGGAACCUAGACAUAACCACUUGCCACGAUGUCAACAAAGUAGGCGAGACAAAUUAUCCCUUUGGUUACUUCAUUACAAUGGGCAUCUUUGCUUAUUUCAUCCCAUCUCUGAUAAUUGUAGCGGCUUAUUUCUUGCUGCUUCGGACACUGAGUGACUCGAUAUCGGAUGAGAACACCGGGAAGAAGCGCAGAAAGGCUUUCAUCAUCAUCAUCACCGUCCUUGUGACGUUCCUGAUCUGUUUCACCCCCAGUAACAUUAUGCUUGUUGCUCACUAUUCGCUCUUGAAGCAGGGCUUUGAAAACAAUGUCUAUGGAUUUUACAUUAUCACCCUAUGCCUUGCCAGCUUGAACAGCUGCUUAGAUCCGUUCAUCUAUUACUUUGUUUCCAAAGAGUUCAGAGACAGUGUGAAAAACACCCUCAUCUGCAGGAGUGCUAGGACUGUUGAGCGAAUGAGAGUGUCCUUUAGCUCAAUGAAAUAUUCAAAGAGGAAUGACAUCUAUACUUCAAGUUCGGGAAGCACAAACACAAGUAGCUGCUGAUGAAGGAAAAGAGGUUUUUAAAAUCUUGAUUUCUGAAUUUUAUAUUUAUUUACUGCAUUUUAUUUUUUUUAAAGUCUAUAGUGAAUUAUGGAGGAGAAAUGAAUGGAAUCAAAACAAAAACUGAAUACACGUCUGACUUUACAAGGUCUGAAAGCCCACCGUGUUGGGGAACCUUUCAUUUUGCUAGAGUACAACAUUGUAUUCAUUGCCAAUUUUUUACUGAUGCUAAUAUUUUAUUCAGUCUCUUAUGUGUUGUAAAUGAGUAACUUUCUCUAAAAGGAAAAAUCUUGUGUGUCCUUCAUUUUUAUUACAAACCUGGCUGAAGUGCAUCUCAGAAGCAUGUAUUUGCUUUUUCAGUUUUUAUAGAAUGAUGUUUGUGUAUAUAUAUUUUACUGGCCAUUCUUAUUGUCCCUAAUUGUACACUCAAAAAAUCUUAGCAAUAAAAUAUUUAGCUAAUACAUUAACUAUUUUAAAUCGAUACAAAUAACUUGAUUCCUAUUGAUGUAUUGUACUUCACAAGUGAUUUUCACAGAUUUUUUUCACUUGCUUUUUGAAACCUUAAAUGUACUGUAACACAUUCAUAGAUAUUCAGUUUUAGAUGGACGUGAUCCAUUUUUAAAGCUAAAAAAAUGGAAGUAUUCCUAGUUUUAUAGAUUCAGGUUAAAUGUCAGGUUCUCAUUGCCAGCUUUGUUAAUUUAUGUAUUUGUAGAAUCCCCUCUCCUGUAUUAUAAUGUAUAGUUUCUAUAUUUUAGAGUCUCUUAAAGUAAAGUAAUAUGGUGGUUUAAUGUGCUUGCCACUUAGGUUACAAUAGCUCACUCUCCGCUUGAUGAUAUUACAGAUAACCUCAUUUCCAGGAUUUGCCUGAUGAGCCAUUGCAGAAAAGGCCUCUGGAAUUAGGGCUACUGCUCCUCAGGGAAUGCUGCUUGGGCUGACAACAGGGGGUGGGUUGUGGGAGAAAGAGGGCUAGUCAUGGAGAAUGAGAACAUGACUACAUUCCUACCGAAAUGUCCUUAAUUACAAAGUGAGUCAUAGAACAGGCUUAAACCAUUAACCAAAUGUUUUUUUUUAAUAUAUAAGCAUUCCACUUUUAGUGUCCAUAUUAUUAAUGCCUAGUUUAUCUAAAGUAAAAUUACAUAAAUAUUCUCUACAUAGUAGUGUUUUAGCAUUUAACGAACAGUUUCAAAACAGGAGUGUUCUUCCCUGCAGACUAUAAUAAUAAUUUGUCACUUUCUCAACUCCAAAACAAACCUAAUUUUUUCAUAGUUGCUUAGUGAUUUGUGGAAUAAAUGAAACAAUCAAGUACAUUAUCUUUCAAGAAGUCAAAUCUACUGUAUCAGCUACAACUACACAACAUUUAGCACUGAAACUAGAAACAAUUCUUCGUGAGUUGUUGCUAUUCAGCUUAAUUGAGCAGUAUUCCAUUUUUUAAAAUAAAGCCUGUAUUUAAUUUGAACUAAAUCUAUAGUAUUACAUUUUUGUUAAGUAAUUUACCCUUUAUCAAUGGAGUAGCUAAAAUAAGUAUGAGUAAAUAUUUAAAUAGCUAAAUGGAAAAUUACUCAAUUUAGUGUCAUGAUUUGCCUGUUUAUUUUUAACAUUGCUGAGGCUAAAGAUUGAAUCUGCUGGCACAUUUUAAUUGUUAUAUGAUCACUGGGAUCUUGAUUGCUGUGUUUUGAAGUGGGUUGUAAAACAUUUAGGAUUGAGGCUCACAUUAACUGUAAAGUUCAGAGUCAAUACUCGCUUGAUCUUUUUUAGAUGCUUCAUAUAAAUAAAGGAGUUAUUUAUCUUCAGACCACAUGAAUAGGAAACAUAAGGCUCAGCCUUUAUCUUAGUUACUUUCUGCUGGAACUCUAUGAAAUACAAGUUUCGGGUUUACAGGUGUACAUCUUCAAACCUGUUUUGCAUGUUAGAGUAAACCCUGUGAUCACAUAAAAAUGCAGCCAGGUAGCCAGAACUUGCUUUGUAUUUUAAAUCGUUGUAGCAUUUGCUUUCUGUAUUAAUGUGAAUGUAAUGUAAAAUGAAUGAAAACAUAUGGACUAAGAUCUAGAUAGUCUGUUGUAUAAAUUAAGUUCAUUCUUAACAUUUCUUAACUUUCUCAAUCGCAAAUCCUGCUUUUAUUAAAUGUGGAUAAUAUUCUUAAA